AAUGCCAGUAAUAGCCAACUGAAAGGAAGCAAGUAAGUCGGUCGAUCUUGCUUCGUUUUGGCGCUGAAAAAUGGCGCUCCUUGAUUUUUUAAGAAUUUUUCAGAUUACGGAAAAAUUUUACCCAUUUUGCAUUAUUCUACUGUUUCACACACAACUGUCUUACAGUAAUCCGUAUUGGGAUCCAGCGAAUGACCAUAGCGCAAAUUCUUCAUCGAUAAAGCUGUCUACGCCCGAAGAAUGCGCACGGGAAUGCCAAGAUAAUGAGGAACCUAAAAAUUGUUAUUAUACCUUCCACAUUGAAUUCUAUACGACACAAGGACCUGCUUGUGAUGUGGAAACUGGAAAGGACCAAUGUAUCCAAGGGGAUGGAGUUGAAAAGACCUUGAUACCAAUCAAUCGACAGUUACCAGGACCAUUGAUCAAGACGUGUUUGAACGAUCGCAUUAUAGUCGACGUGGAGAAUGCUGCUACAGGAAUGGAAGUUACGAUACAUUGGCAUGGAAUUUUCCAAAACGGUUUCCAAUAUUACGAUGGUGUUCCUUAUGUCACACAAUGUCCCAUUGCAUCGUCUUCGACAUUUAGAUAUGACUACGUAGUGAAAAAUUCAGGUACGCAUUGGUACCAUUCCCACAUAUGGACACAUUUGUUAGAUGGUCAAUAUGGUCCCCUUAUUAUACAAGAUCCACCAUCUAAAAAUCCUCAUCGUGAUUUAUAUGAUAAAGAUGAAAUUAUCAUAUUCUUAAGUGAUUGGAUGCAUGAGUUAUCGUUAGAACGUUAUCCUGGCUGGAUUAGACAUAGUCCUGGACAGCUUCCGAAGAAUAUACUUAUAAACGGUUUAGGGAAUUAUACGGAUCCAGUUACUGGUCAAACUACUAAUGGAUCGUUAACAGAAUAUACCGUCAAGAAAGGAGAACGGCACAGAAUACGGCUGAUUAAUUCUUUCACCACAGUAUGCGUGGCAGAACUUAGAAUUGAAGGGCAUGAAUUAGUUAUAAUUGCCCAGGAUGGUGCGAACGUGAAACCUAAAACAGUGGAUAAAAUAAUCUCAGCUGCAGGUGAACGCGUCGAUUUUAUCCUAACUGCAAAUCAAAGUGUUGAUUCUUACUGGAUACAAGUACGUGGUGUCGGUGCAUGUGCCUCGUCGCAGAUACAGCAAUUAGCUAUCUUGAGAUACGAUGGUGGUCCUACUAUACCAACGACUCCACUUCUUACUUAUAAUGAUACAGUAAAUAGUGUUACGUAUAAUUCGCUUAAUGGAACGGAGUGCAAUACAAAUAACACACAAAGUUCUGUUUGUGUGAACCAAGUGGAAGCCUUCGACAUCGACCCUGAUCUCUUAAAAGUUGAACCGGAUGAGAGGCACAUAUUACCUUUUUGGUUCUUCGUUUACAAUCAGAAUGGGGACAAGAAAUUAUUUAAGUCAAACAACUACCCUCGCUACUUUAGUCCAGCUGCAGGUUUCGAGGUUGCUGCUACGUUUAAUAAUAUCUCGUACGUGGAACCAUCGGCGCCUCUACUCUCGCAACGUAGUUCUCGCCAAACAAUAUGCAAGGAAAACGUACAGAACGAUUGCACCGAACCUUGCACAUGUUCUGACGUCAUCAAUUCAAAAUUGAAUAAUAUCGUGGAGCUAGUAAUAUACGACGAAGUGCCCCUGCCUGGCCUAUAUCAUCCGUUCCAUUUGCACGGUUAUGAGUUUAGAGUAUUUAGUAUGGGAGAUUUUGGUGGUAGAAAUAUUUCGAGAUCAGAUAUAGAAGGAGUAAUAGACCAACACACGCAACGUCUUAAAAAUGGGGAAUAUUCAAAUCCACCUGGUAAAGACACUAUUAAACUGAUAAAUGGAGGAUAUGCGAUUAUACGUUUCAAGGCGAAUAAUCCUGGAUGGUGGUUACUUCAUUGCCACUUUACUUGGCAUCACAUAACCGGAAUGGAACUGGUCAUUCACGUAGGGGAUAAAAGUGAUCUUCCACCGGUGCCACGCGGUUUCCCGGUAUGCAACAACUGGAGACCAGCGGUGGACACUUUAAAAGAUUUUUAUAACUUAUAAGUUUCCCCAAAUUUAAUUGGUUCUUCAAUUGCAUUUUAGAAUCUAUUAUUUUAUUCGUUUUUAUUCUUCACAAUAUAAGUCACAAAUUGCUUUUUUAGAAAAAUAUUUAUCUUUUAAAAGAUACUUUUUCUUUAUGUAAAUAAAAGUUAUUUACGGUACAACGUUAAAUUUAUAUAA